AUGGAGUACGGGUACUUGAGCGGGGCCGGCGGCGGGUUUGACGGUGGCUGCCUGGGCUCAGGCGGCGGUGAGCUAUCGUGGGGUGAGCUGGCCUCGUGCGGCCAGAUGUCGCAGGCCGCCUACCGCUACCAGGGCAUGCGGUACCAGCCGCCACCGCCACAGUGCGCGCGCCCGCAGGACGCAGCCAUGAGGAAUCAUCACAUAUUCCCGCCGGCGAUGAAUCUGCAACCGGGUCUUCCAUACAAAGUGUACGGUGGGCAUGAGGGCUCACUAACGGAAAAACGCAAACAGAGAAGGAUUCGGACUACUUUUACUUCGGCGCAGCUCAAAGAGUUAGAAAGAGCUUUCCAGGAGACGCAUUACCCCGACAUCUAUACGAGAGAAGAAAUAGCUAUGAAAAUCGAUCUGACUGAAGCAAGAGUACAGGUAUGGUUCCAAAACCGAAGAGCUAAAUUCCGGAAACAGGAACGUCUGGCGCAACAGAAGGCGGGUGAAGCGCCCAUAAAGGCUGAAGGCAAACGGGACAAGCCAGGGUCUCCCGCGACCUCCCCGCACCCAGCGUCUGCACCUACGCAGCCUUCCCACCACACUUUACCACAUUUAUCACCACCUGACUUAAAACCUAUCACCUCAGCAGCUAACAAGCUAUGUGAAGAGUUGAACGGUGUCGGCGGUGGCUCCGAACCGCCAGUGGGUAGCAUGGGCGGAAAAUGGGCGGGCGGCUGUGGUCUCCUACGCCAACCAUCGGGUUUUCCCCUCCUCGGUGUCGCACCCCCGAACUACCUGCUAUCAGACCAUCUUGGCACUCUCGCCAAAACGAACAACCAUCUUUUCUAA